CAACAACAAAGGGAUUGUCAAUUUCUAAAAGUGUCAUGUCAGUCUUGUAGAUAUUUUAUAAAUUAAAUAAAUAUUAUGUCAGGAUCUAAGAAAAUGACACUGCGCGUGCAGUCGGCAGAGGGCACGGCGCGCAUCGAGGUGCUGGACAGCGACGUGACGGCGCGCCUGUACGAGCGCGUGCACGAGGCGCUGAACCUCAGCACUUUCGGCUUCUGCCUGCACAAGGACCGCGCGCGCAAGGAGGAGAUCAUAUCGAGCAAGUCCCGGCAGCUGCGCGCCUGCGGCCUGCAGCACGGAGACAUGCUCUACUUGAGCCCGGUCAAUGGAGCUGUGCUCUUUGACCAACCCUCCACAAGCACAGAGGAAAACAAUAAACCAAUUGGUGAGCCAGUAGAGGCGGGGCCGUCUACAGAGUCACUUUCCACAGCUGCUACUACAUCUACUGCCCUGGUUGAGGAUGAGGUGGACUUGCAGCUCUAUCGCCUGUCAGGGAAUAUACAAAGACAAAGAGAUGACAAGUUGUGCAGACACAACUCAAAAGGCUGCUGUGUACACUGCUCGCCCUUGGAGCCAUGGGAUGAGAAUUACCUCAAGGAGCACAAUAUUAAACAUUUGUCUUUCCAUUCAUACUUGAGGAAGAUGACUUCCGGCAAGUUCGUCAGCCUGGAUGAACUCUCGUUUAAAAUAAAACCUGGCUGCAAGGAGCACCCGCCGUGGCCGCGCGGCAUCUGCUCGGCGUGCCAGCCCGGCGCCGUGACGCUCAACCGCCAGCCCUUCCGCCACGUGGACAACGUGCUGCUGGAGCACGCGGCGCCCGUGGACCGCUUCCUGGCCUACUGGCGCGCCACGGGCCACCAGCGCGUGGGCUUCCUGUACGGCCAGUACGAGCCGCACCCCGACGUGCCGCUAGGCAUCCGCGCGCGCGUGGCCGCCAUCUACGAGCCGCCGCAGCAGUGCGCGCGCGACGCCGUGCGCCUGGCGCCCGACCCGCACGAGGCGCUGCUGGAGCAGCUGGCGGGCGCGCUGGGCCUGCGCCGCGUGGGCUGGCUGUUCACCGACCUGCUGCCUGAGCGCGCCAACGGCUCCGUGCGCCGCCUGCGCGGCGUGGACACGCACUUCCUGUCGGCGCAGGAGUGCAUCAUGGCGGGCCACUUCCAGAACCAGCGGCCCAACGCGUGCCGCCACGCCUCGUCGGGCGCCUUCGGCUCCAAGUUCGUCACCGUCUGCGUCACGGGUGACAGCAACAACCAGAUCCACCUGGAGGGCUACCAGGUGUCGGGCCAGUGCCAGGCGCUGGUGCGCGACGGCAUCCUGCUGCCCACCCGCGACGCGCCCGAGCUGGGCUACAUCCGCGACUGCUCGCCGCAGCAGUACGUGCCCGACGUGUACUACAAGGAGAAGGACGCGUACGGCAACGAGGUGGGCGUGUCGGCCAAGCGGCUGCCCGUGGCCUACCUGCUGGUGGACGUGCCGUGCGGCGUGGCGCCCGCCAGCGCGCCGCCGCUGCUCACGCCCGCCGCCUUCCCGCCCGCGCACCGCGCGCCCCCGCUGGCCGCGCCGUCGCUGCGCGCGCUGCAGCGGCACCUGCUGGCCGCGCCGUCGUUCCUGGCCGCCGCCGCCGACCUGCACGUGCUGCUGUUCCUGGCCACCAACGACGCGCUGCCGCUGCCGCUGGCCACGCUGCGGCCGCUGCUGCGCGCCGUGCGCACGCGCGACGCGGCCGCCGCCGACGCCUGGCGCGCGCUGCCGCUGCCGGCCGCGCUGCUGCGGCUGGCGCGCGCCGCGCUCGAGCCCGCCGCGCCCGUGUGGACGUGUCCGCUGUGCACCUUCCACAACGCCGCGCCCGGCGACGCCUGCGAGAUGUGCGCCAUGCCGCGCUGAGCGGCCCCGCGGAACCGAACCCGAACCGAAUUGACCGAUGUCGAAACUACUGAGGCCCGUUUUGACAUUUGUCACCGCGACGUAACUGGCUAUGGAGCCGUAAGACUGUACUCGAUACUCACGAUAAAUCAAUUCGAGUUUGUAUCGGUACUCGAUUGAUAUGAUUAUGUAUUGAAGAGUGGUCGUUCGGUCAAAGUAUUCCUUUAACUUCACAACCGAUUCGCGUG